AUGACAAUGAUGACGACGACGACAACGAUUCUUCCAAAGCCAGAUGUUGCAUACCGUAGAUCUGGAGACUUGUGCAAGGCUCUUGACAAGAUUAGAUUUGAGAAUAUGACUGACAAGAGCAAGCUCAAUGGUCAACUAGAGCUUUUCAUCCCUGACAAAAACAAUACCUUGACUAUUAUUGAUAGUGGUAUUGGAAUGACCAAAGUUGAGGGCCUUUGCGAUUGCUUCUGGUGA